CAUCAAGUAAAUUAUCAAUCUCAGACUGUACUUUCUAUGAAUGGACUCUCUGGCUUUCGAGAAGAUUCUGAAGAGUCCUUGAGAACGAGAUCUACUUCUACUACUCACGGUGGACUGCGUUCUAAAAUUCUCCUCAUACAUGAGAAAUCAAAUCAUAUAUUGGAGACAACGAUUUCCAAAGCUAUAUUAGUUUUCCACACUGAAGACUGAGAAUAAAACAAGCAAUUGAUCAUCUCCAGAUCUGCUUGUGCAUUCCGGCUGCUACUAAAUUAAGGCUUUGAAAGGUUUUUCAAAAGUUUCUGCAAUGCGUACAAAUGCAUGCUCAAUAGGCUGUCAGGAGGCAUAUAGACCAUUGUGCUUGUUCGUCAACGCAGGAAGCGUGAGCUCACAAGAAGCAAUCAUUACAAUCACUAAACCAUUUACCUGAAUUACAAACUCUUCCUAAAUCUUUCCUGUUAAGCCUUUUUGCCGUGCCAUGUCUGACGACACAGAACCAAUGGCGGCCUGUGUUAACGACGAGCAAAUUUAACUCGUUAGAUCACAGAUGACGUCUAAAUGUGGUAAGAACAGAGAAAUGUUGACGUCUUCUGUGACGUCUUCUAAACAGACGCAGGGCAACUUGGAAUCUAUUUGUUUUAUAUAAAAAUAGCAAUAAUAAUAAUAAAAAAAGGAAAAAAAAUAUGGUCAUGACUUCGUCUACACGCCCGUCCUCCUAUAGAUCCUAAGUACGAACCAAUCGAAAUGCGAGAAUAAUUCGACAUGUAACAUGAAUAUAAAUUGACUGGCGAGGCAACUCUUUGCCCAACCGUCUCUCUCGCUCUUAACAAAACCCUUCCCCAGUUCGCAAUUUUUCUUGGGCAUUCGAAGUUGUUCGAUCUCCGCACGAAACCAAAGUAUGGAAAUGUAAUGCCGGGAGCAUUUUGGCGAGAUUCUACUGUAACAAUUGGGAACUGGCGGAAUGUUAACUGACGCUUCAGUAUUGACGUUAAUAAGUGCAUUGGUUAUUAAUCGUUUAGAAGGACUAGCAUGUAAUCUUAUUCUGCUAGCUGUACACUCUUGCCCAGGGACGGGGGCUACUCCCUUAUAAAUGGGCUACACAGGUAUGUGCGGCCCCAAAGGGCACGCUUUUGGUCUGAAGAAGGGUAUAGAUUUUGACCGUUUUGGUCUAGAAGAAGGUAUUUUUUUCACUCUUGCUUGGCAUUGCGUACUUUGUUUACUAGGAACUAUUUUUUCCCGCAUCAACAUUGGCAAAGUUGUAGCCCUACUCAAAUGUUUAGGCAAAUGGAAGCUAAUUCUGGUAAUUUGCGGUGAUAUAUUAGAGCUGCGCACUAAUAUUACUGGUCUGAAAUGGGGUUCGCUCAGGUCUGAAAUAGGAUAUGGAAAAUCAUAGAUUUUGGUCUGAAAUAGGGUUCAGGUUUAAAGGUCCGGACCGCACACCCCUACCAAAAACGUUGAGGAGUACACCCCCGGGCACUUUACACACAAAAUACCUUUAAGUAUCCACAGUCAACACAGUCGGUACUAAGGAGACAUGAAGUCUUCAUUUCGUUCAAUGUUCCUUCUUUUGGUGGCUUACCUCUCCCUUACUGCCAAAGCCUUUCUUCCCAGAAUUAAUUUGGCAUCGGGGGAAUCGGAAACGAAAGAUCAUACAUUAAUCACAAGAAACGGACUGCUGAAGACAACAAUACACUUCAUCUGGGACAAUCCGCAUUAUCUCAAGAAUGAGGAACUGACAGACGUUCUUUAUGAUGUCUUACGUGAAUUGUCAGAGAAGCCAAACGCGGCCAAAACUACCAUUGACACUAUCUCUUCGCAGAUCAAAUUCAUCAACGCCAUCAACGAGAUUCAGAGCGCCAAUGUGGAAAUGGACUCCUCUCCAUCGAAUAGUACCGCUGCUGUCCAUUUUGACGGCGAGCAGUUCUUGCAGGGAUCUCAGCGGCUCAUUAGACUGCGCCAACAGCUUAUAACAUUGCUUUUAAAAGGCGAUAAAUUACAACAUGCAAAGAGCUUGGCUGGGAAAGCCUUACACACACUGCAGGAUUUUUACAGCCGCUCCAACUGGAUAGAACUCGGCAAUACAUUGCCGUUUAAUACUCUGGGCCAACCCGGAAGUGUUAUUUGGCAGGAAAUUAUCAUUGCUGGCAGAGCAGAACCAACUUGUAGGGACUGUCUUUCAGAGGAAGAAUCCAAUCUGUCCACUGAUACAUGUGCAAAUAACUUGAUCACGGUAAAACUCACCAGCGGAUAUCGCUCAGGACAAGACAUCAAGAAGCCUGUUCACAUUGGAAAAUGUAGUUAUGGCGGCCAAACGGACGACAGUCGCCUAAAGCCAGCUACCGGUGGAAUUAACAAAGAUUCCUCCUCCAAGCGUGAGUCACCGCAUGCCAGCCUCCAUAAAAUUGCCGCUGACAUAGCCAUCGAAGCUACCAGUGUCUUUCUAGGUGACAUUCGUUCAGCAGUUGGCGACGACAUCUUCGCCAAAUUUCUGAACCUGAAGUCUGAGAAGAGCAUGGCUUUGGUGAUAGAUAUAUCAGGCAGCAUGACUGAUGAACUCAAUGACGUGAAGAACUUGUCCAUCAGCUUUGUUCGUAAAACUUUGAGGAAGAAAGAAGCCACCUUCACUUACAUCCUUUCGCCGUUUAGCGAUCCAAACGUGGGACCUGUAACGGUGACUAGCGACGCAGAAGAAGCAAUCAAAGCAAUUAACAAUUUAACCAUUAAGGGUGGAGGGGAUUGCCCAGAGCUAGGCAUGACGGGUCUUUACCAGGCUCUACUCCACUGCUUACCCGAGAGCAUUAUCUAUUACUUCUCCGAUGCUGACGUAAAAGACGAGUGGAGAAAAAUUGAAGUCGACUCGCUAGCCAAGGAAAAGAAAGUCAAGAUCAACUUCAUUCUGACUGGUCAAUGUAGCCGUCGACGCAGACGCGAUUUGUUGCAAAGCCGCACCCAGCGUUCAUCAGUGGCUCACCGGGCUAGGAGAACUGCCCAAGGUCAAGCGUUGUACCAGGACCUCGCUACCCAAACAGGAGGACAAGUACUGGAAACUAGUAAGGCUGCAGUAGCUGAUGUUGUCAAGGUUAUCGAUCCUGUAGGUUUCUCAAACUCCUCUGCAGAUUUGAAAGAAGUUGGAUUGCUAAACGUUGAGGAAUUUCGAGAGCAGUACUUUAGUGGUGACAUAUACUUUGUAAAUGUCGACAACACGCUGGAGAGUUUGGUCCUCAUACUCACGGCAGCAAGUUCACUUGGAUUGCAGAUCACGAGCGUUCAAGGAAGCUCAAACAUGCACGAAAACGUAAUAAGCAGUUCCAGUAAACUUCUCAUAAAAGAAGUUACUAACUUGGUCAGCGGCUCCCUGAAACUGACAGUUUCUUGUAAUGGUCCGUACACUCUACAAGUUACUGGGUCCAGUCCUAUCGACUUUACGUACCAACUUUUGGACGUGGAGGACAUGGAACGAGGGACAACAAGGCGGGUUGUUGGAAAUCCCUUGAGAGGACAAAUGCUGUUGCUCACGUUGAACUUCGUUGGCCAAGACAUUGACGCUGUUAGCAAUUUGACUCUUGUUGGUGUUGAUGGAACAGAUCUCGAAACCUUUAACAUAACUCAAGGAGAAGGGUUUUACCAAGAUUCCUAUUACGUCACGUUUAUUCCAUCUCCAGACAGAUUCCGACUCAAAGUUACAGGAUUUGACAAGAGUGGAGCUCGCUUUCAACGCGUUAAACCAACUUUAUUCACACUUGGCGAUGUAAAGCUCGAUAGCCGCAACAAUUCAAACGCCAUCUUCCCAGGAGAAACUUUGGAGUUGGAAAUCAAAGUUGAAAACUCUGGGGAUACGCAGACAUUAUAUUUCAAAGCAUCGGAUGAUCUGAAUUACUUUAAGAGCAUAAGUCCGGACCGAAGCACCUUGGGAAAGAAUGACACGCUUACUCUUCGGGUGACCCUGCUUGCUCCCAGUCACGCAACUUAUGGCGUGACAAGCACCGUUACGGUAUUCGCAUCUCAGAAUUCUGACCACACCCAAGUUGUUACUUUCAUGGUUUUGUUUGUUACUGUUGCCUCAAAGGACUCAGAUCUCUCUCCACCAUUGUGUAUCGUGACAAACCAGACUGGAUCAUGCGCAGGAGUGUACGGUAGACCGGAGUGCGUGUCAAGCAUGUGGUUUGCACAUGUCUCGUUCACUGACACCGGAGAAGGACUUUUGUCAAUUACUUCACGAGAAAAUCGUAAUGGAACUCUCAUAGGUAUGUAGAAACACUUUCUGGCGGCGAGUGGCAUGAAGACGAAGGGGUCUGAAGUUACCGCCUCCUGCACCUGGUUUUCGCCCCUUCCUUCGUGGAUAUUCUUGCUUCUUCUAUUCCAAAAUAUUACGCAAUGUGUCAAUCUUUCCCUCUUUUUCACAGUUCCAGCCAUCUUGGGAACCGCCUUCGGUCCGCUCUUACUCCGCCUCCCGCAGACUUCCCGUCUUUCUUCACUCUCUGCGAUUCUCACCACUAGCUUUACAGCGUUUGUAUCGAUUCUUGUUAUUUCGUCGCUCUCUGACGUAGAAUUUAAAGAUUGUAUCUGUUAUAAGAUAAAUAGUGAGAGAACCUUUAAGUGAUGACCUGAACUGUUCUCUAUUGCUUGCCUCUGUUAAUAUUCUAUCUGUUCUUGUGUUUC